AACAAAAAAAAAAAAAACACGGCGUAGCUCAUCAUCAGCAGCAGCCAUUGGUAAAUAAUGAAUUUCUAAGGGCCGCACUCCAUCGUUUCUUCAUCGAGCGUAACCGACGGUGCGACCAACUCCGGCGCGGGGACAUUCGACCGAACCCGCGACAACUUCCCGCACACCAGCGAAACUUUAACGGCGGCCGACGAGGGGGCUGAAACACCGUUGCCGGGCACAAUGACGUUUUCUCAUCGCCAUUGCCGCUGCUCCAGCCGGUCUACUUCUGCCCGCCAUACCGGGCCAGUGACGAGCAUCGGCGAAAGACAACAAACCUGAACAAAUAGCAACCCCCAAAACACAGUGACAGUGGUGGUGGUGGUGGUGGUGGUGGCGCAGGUGGUGGCCCUUCAGCAAUACUUUGACGGCCACGAGGAGAGGUUUCCGACCCGUGCUCAAACAAUGCACUGCUUUGUGAAAAUCGAAUCGCCAUCGAGAGAACCGUGCUCCAGUAUUAUGACAGUUAAGGGUGGUGUUGUGCCAUACGGACACAGAAGUAAAGUGGCCAGUAACUGAAUCUGUUUGUGUGCUUGUGUGUAUGCGUGUGCUUUACUGUGACGGCACUAAAGGUACAGAGUAACGGUGAAGAUGGCACAGUGUAGACGAGAAACGGCCUGGUUGCCGUCCGCCAGUGAGCUGCGUAUGCCGUUGCUAUGGUGAGCCGUGCCGUGAUCGAUCGACCAAUCGAAGUGACAGUUUUUGAAGAGUAUCACCAGUGUAGUGUGUGCGCGGGAAGAUAUCCCUAAAUCUACUCCGUGUGCAGGAGCGGCGUGACACCGAGUUUCGGUACCGUUUUGCGAUCUUCCACUCUUCCUCUCUUCAACCGUCCGCAUCAAUGCUCAGCCCCAAAAUGCAGCGUUCCGUGCGGGUAAACGAGAACCAGCUGAUUAUGCUGUCCGAUCGGGCGCAGUAUGAUCAUUCGAUGCACGGCUACCUACACAAGCGCACAUCCGAUAAUAACAAAUGGCAGAUGCGAUGGUUUGUGCUCUAUCAGAAUUUACUCUUCUACUACGAAUCCGAGCAAUCGUCGCGGCCCUCCGGACUCAUCUUCCUGGAGGGCUGCUACUGUGAGCGGCUUGUUUCAGCCCCCUCGAUAUCAGGACCCCCCAUAUCAACCAGUACCGGUCAAGCUCCGAAAAUUAUUAAGGAAGAAAAAUUACAGCAUUGCUUCACUAUUUGCUACCGACGAGAAAAUCAGAGACAGUACGAACUGCGCGCCGCCACUGAGUCAGAGUGCUCAGCCUGGAUUAUUGCAAUAAGAGAGGCAAGCUUCAACAAACUGCUACUCCAGAAGGAGGAACUCGAGCAGAAGCAUGUCCAUCUGUUGCAAGUGGUCGAAAGCGAGAAAACGGCCAAAUGGCAGUACACUCAGCAGUGCGAGGAGCUGGCUUCGGAAAUACGGAAGCUACGUGCCGAGAUUUGUGUGCUCAGGAAGGAGACCCGCUCGAGCUACUCGGCCACGCCGGUCGGGCGGGGCAGCUUCAGUGUGCCGGGCGACUCGCAGGACGACCACGGUUCGCUGCCGGGGCUGUGCGCCUCGGUGCAGGAUUCGAUCGAGCUGCGCAAAAUCAAGAAGGUGCAGAGCUUCUUCCGCGGCUGGCUGUGCCGCCGGCGCUGGAAGCAGAUCGUGGAGGAGUACAUCCGGUCACCGCACGCGGAAAGCAUGCGCAAGCGGAACCAUCUCGUGUUCAGCAUGGUCGAGGCGGAGGAGGAGUACCUCGAGCAGCUGGAGGUGCUAGUCGCGUGCUUCCUGCGCCCGUUCAAGAUGGCGGCCAGCUCGAAGCGGCCGCCCUGCUCGCACGAGGACGUCAACUCGAUCUUUCUCAACUCGGAGACGGUUCUGUUCCUGCACCAGAUAUUCCUGAAGGGAUUGACCUCACGACUGGAGUCGUGGCCGACGCUAGUGCUUGGCGAUCUGUUCGACAUGCUGCUGCCCAUGCUGAGCAUCUACCAGGAGUAUGUGCGCAACCACCAUUACAGUCUACAGGUGCUGACCGAGUGCAAGAGCAACACCAACUUUGCCACGGUGCUGAAGCGGCUGGAGGCGAAACCGGCCUGCCAGGGGCGCAGUCUCGAAACGUUCCUCACCUACCCGAUGCAUCAGAUCCCGCGGUACAUCAUCACGCUGCACGAGCUGCUCGCCCACACGCCCCACGAUCAUGUCGAGCGGAAGAGUCUGCAAAAUGCGCGCCAGCAGCUCGAGGAUCUGUCGCGUCAAAUGCACGACGAGGUGUCGGAAACGGAGAAUCUGCGCAAGAAUCUCGCCGUCGAGCGAAUGAUUGUCGAGGGCUGCGAUAUUCUGCUCGACGUCAAUCAGGUGUUUGUACGGCAAGGAAGCUUGGUACAAGUGCCGCCCGGUCGAGGGCGAAUACGCAGCCGCCUGGCCUCCUUUAAAAGCGAGCGUGAUGCAGUGCGGCAAUGUUUCCUCUUCUCGAACCACAUGAUUAUAGCAACAAGAACCUCGGGAGGCCGCCUGCAUCUUCUGCCGGACGUUGGGAAAAUUCCCUUAGCUGAUGCAACGCUGGUCGAGGAUCCGAGCGAGGUGCAGCACGACGAUGAGGAUGCUUCGGUUUGUUCCGCAUCUACCCGGGGCAGUACGCUGAGCGUAACAGAGUCGGUAAAUGCGGGCAACCGAGAUUUUAAGAUAUUUGUCGAGUCAAAAUCGGGCGCCCGUCAUGGAAUUCAUCUGGUAGCGCCGACCAUUCAGGACAAGGAAGCCUGGAUAAGUGACAUAUCGCAGUGUUUGGAUAAUAUCCACAUGCACUCGUUACUUUCGCCGGGAAUUGGGGGAUCUUCGGGAGCAUCUCUUCUUGCAGGCCAUCAAGCAUUACGGGCCGAUCCGCGACUCUUCAAGGAUGACGUAGACAUCCGCUUCUCGCGUACGUUGAACUCGUGCAAACUGCCACAGGUGCGCUAUGCCACACCGGAGCGUUUGCUGCAGCGUCUUACAGAUCUGCGGUUCCUGUCGAUAGACUUUCUGAACACAUUUCUGCUCACGUAUCGAGUGUUUACGGACGGUGAAACGGUGCUGAAUGCGCUGAAGAGCGUUUUCUACGAUCCGCCCGUAGAGCCAUCGUGCGAUUGCGAACAUCAGACCGACUUUCUUGAGCUACCGUACCAAGAUGGGCGCGCUUCUCCUCGCCGCACGUCCGGAGCGAGCUCCGUUUCCGGCUACUGUUCGGAAGGCGCUGACCGGGAUCGUUCGAUGAGCGGCGACUCAACAGGUUUACGCUUUCGGGGAUCUCGCCGGGGCUAUCAAAAUCACCAGAACUCGGAGCAGGAAACCCUCUCCUGGAUACCGGAGCAGGUGGGCCCCGUAAUCAUCCACAGCACGCACCAUCUGAACGAGAAGGUGGUGGAGGAGAAACCGAUCGAACCAACUCCAACGGGAGGCACCGUACAUUUGCAAAGUAAAUCUCAGCACCAGCUUCACCAGCAACCGCAGGACGACUCGUACCUGGUAAUACCGAAGACGAUGCCCGGCUCGAGUAGCUCCGAUACUUUAACAGAAACGGCCAUGAGUGGCCCUUCCUCCCCGUCCAAUCUGAGCAGCGUCACACUGGUAGGAUCAACCGGUUCCGGCGGACAGGAUAAAUCAGACGACACGCCCACGGAGGGCACGUUCAAGUACGGGAAAGCGCCCACCAGCCCAUUGCCGGAGCGUGUUAAUCCUAGGGCACACAAAAUGGCCACCCUCGCCACCGCAGCGCCCCCGACGCCUACCAUCUGCACGACGGACACAAGCCAAACGGAGGAGGAGAAACCGGGACAAGCAUCAAGAACGCCCGACAAACAACAGCAGCCAACGCUGGAUCACCAGCAACAUUCGCCGCAACAUCAGCAGCAACAAAUUAAAACACCUCCAACGCCCCCGACCGUAACGACCACUCCCUGCUACAGCCCCGCGAACGGGCAGCCUCCUAAUGGGGCGCCUUCCCCGCUGCACCAGCCGUUACAGCAGCAGCAAUCACUUCCGCUAAAGUCGGAACAAGCCACCAUCGUGCAGGGACGGCUCGAGAUUUUAGGUCCGAAAAUCGUAACUCAACCUUAUCUGACGACCACGACUACAACGACGGUUACGAUAACGACGACGACAACGGCCACGUCCACCAAGAGCAUCUCGCCGCCCCAUCUGCUGCCGAUGGACCGGCGCCCGAGCGUUGGCCACAACAUUGCCAUACCGCAUGCAGCGCUGUGUCAACAUCGGCACAGCCUGCAGCUCAACGGAGACGGCAGUCUUUUCAGCAAGAGUGAAAAGACAAGCAGCAGCCCACGUUUGACGACCAGGAAAUUUUCCGCCCCAAAGACACCGGAACGACAGCGCAAGAGUCUGUUCGGAACGCCUCAACGAGAUCGCGAUUCUUCCAGCACGCGCCGAUUUUCCGAAAGUGACGACGAUAUGGCCACGUCCAUCUUCACCACACCGCGUGGAUCGCUUGGCGGUGUAUCGCUGAACACCAUUUCGUCCCGAGCUUCCAUGCAGCACGAUCCUGUUCCGCACUGCUCCAGCAAAGUAGGCGUAGUAAUCACUUCCUACCGCCAGUCGCAACGCAGUAUGGGACCGGACCCGCUAUGGAGUAGCACAUCGACGGCAGCGGCGGCAUUCGCGAUCGCUACCUCAGCCUCCAGCAAUCCCCGGGAUGAGCCCCCCGAGGUGGAGGCUAGGAACCGAAAGGAAUCCGUCGUCAGCUCGCCGGCCACGAUGCGAGUGCUGAACGUGCUGCGACACUGGGUGUCGAAGCACUUCCAGGACUUUGAGCAGGAUGCAGCUCUGCGCAGUCAGACGAUAGCCUUCCUGGACGACAUCACCUGCAGUCCGAACCUAUUGCCCACUGAGCAUCGAGCUGCAUCGCAACUGCUGCGACUACUCUGCCGCGACGACAUCGACAGCGGGAAGCUAAUGCUCGAGAUACUGCUUACACCACCGCAGACUCCGAGCAAAGAAAGCAUCGAGACACUGUCGGCGCUGGAGAUUGCGGAACAGAUGACGUAUUUGGAUCACCAGAUAUUCCUAGCCAUACGUAGCGAAGAGUUUCUCGGUCAGGCCUGGAUGAAAUCGGACAAAAAGUCGCGUGCGGAACAUAUCAUUCUUAUGACGAAACGUUUCAACGAUGGCUCACGAUUAGUUUGCUCGGAAAUAGUGUCAAGGAGCAACAUGGCAGCGCGGGUAGCGGCCAUCGAGAAGUGGACAGCUGUGGCGGACAUUUGCCGCUGCUUGCAUAACUUUAACGGGGUGCUGCAGAUCUGUGCCGCCUUCACGAAUGCGGCCGUCUAUCGACUGAAAAAGACCUGGGACAAAGUACCUAGAACAAUCAAAUCGACAAUCACUAAACUGCAGGCCGUGGUGUGCUCGGAUGGAAGGUUUCGUGUGAUGCGCGAGGCACUGCACCGGUGCGAUCCACCCUGCAUUCCGUACCUGGGCAUGUAUCUGACCGACCUGUCCUUCAUCGAGGAGGGCACGCCCGACUUUACACCGGAUGGACUGCUCAACUUCUCCAAAAUGCGUAUGGUUGCCCACGUUAUACGUGAGAUACGCCACUUCCAACAGACGCCGUACAAAAUUGAUCACAUACCGAAAGUUACAUCCUACCUCCUGGAUACAUCGUUGCUGCUGGACGACGACGAAUUGUACCACAAAUCAUUGCAGAUCGAACCGCGCAGCUCCCGUCUCAGUGCACCGAACACGGCGAACGUUUAAUUCCAGCCGCACCCCACUCUCAGGUCGGCUCGCGUAGACGAGUUUGUAGCGCACUCGUUUUUUACCCCUCUCCGCUUCCAUCACGUAAACUCGCUCAAUUGACGCACUAAUCCUUUAUCCUGCCAGGCGGUUUUUUUUUCUAAUGGAGCAUGAAACAUUCUUAUGAAACGUAGCGACGAACGUGUGUAGUUAUCUGCGAAGAAGGCAAAUACUCUCUAUUUUUGUGAACGAACGACAACAGACUGGCGGUUUUUGGCUUUGAAACAAUAUCGUACCCGUCCAGACCGCGAGUUCCUCGUAGUUUGAUGGCUAUUUUUCACUCCCAAUCCUUUUACGCACGCUUGUACACGGGGAACUACAAUUGAGUUCACCUGAACGGCCGAACAACCGAAGGUAUCGUAAUUGCUGUGUACAAAAUCGCGGCUUUCAUGUUGCACUAAAAGUAUAUAUGGCACGCAGCAGCAGCAGAAGAUGCAUUUUAUGACGAUCAUCAAUCACGGUCAAACACAAUACGGCGGGUCGGUGUUCAUACAUCCUGCAUGGAGUGAUAUACACACACAAAAAAAAAACUCAAAUUCGACUAUCAGAGAGCACAGCAGUGCGGAAGAAUUACAUCAGUAUUCAGAUAUACUACUACAGUAGAGCUUUUGUCUUAUGAUAGCCGCCACGUGGAUCGGAAGAGGAACGUAACGUACAACGGAAUCGAAGUACAAGCUGAGCUAGUGCCGACGAUGAUGAUGAACUGUGGUGGCUAGUUAGUAGCGUGUGCCGCAAACGGCGACGGUGUAGUAGAAUGCGUGCGCGCAUGCGGUGAGUAUAUAUUUAUUGCGGAAUUGACAAAUCGAAUAUCCUUUAGCAGAAGAGAGUAAAGGGUGCCCGAAGGGCAUAGAAGGAAGAUGUUAGCUUAGUAACUGGUAGGUCCCAUUUCCCGGCCCAAUGCAACAUAACAACUUAUGACAGUUAUGAAUGAACGAACGCGCAACGUGUUUGUUGUACGCACGGCAAAAGCUUGCGUGCGCAGCAUCCGGUUAACCAUUUAACAAGAGACAGUAGUAACAGACAAGUAACCGUUUAAACCGUACACACUCACAAUCCCGCUCUAUGCAAACCGCAAAUGUUCUGCCUUUACAAUUAAAACUCCUUUUUCGAACGCGAACUUUUUCUCUCUAUCUCUCUCUCUCUCGUUGCAAUUGUAAGUGUUGUUGUAAGAAGCAGCAGGUUAGCGUGGAGUGAAAAUCAAACGUAUCGUACUUUUUCUGCUCUCUCUCUCAUGUCUACCAUCAUGGGGGGGGAGCUACUACGAGUUAGAGCUAAUAGAAAGUAAAACAAUUCCUUACAACAGCAAAAAUCCCCUAAAGAUGUGUGACACACGCGCGCGUUAAGAAACACGGACAAAGAAGAAACAAAUUUAACGUUAGAAUAUUACCAUUUAUUCAUGUUAUGCUGGUCAUAACUUUCGCGCGUAUCGAUUAAACGGAAGCGGAAUCGUAGCCAAAGAGUAGAGUGUAUCGUUGUGUGUCUCCCCCCCUCCCCCCUCGUGUACCCAGUGUUUGGCCCAGUGCUAGGGGGCUAAAACCAACUAACAAACAAACAAACAAAACCUACCUAUGAAUGUUACUGUUGUGUGUGUGGUGCGAGAAACCGACCCACCAGAGGACGGAGGGGGUUUGGUCGAAGAUUAAUGAAACUAUCAGAGAAGGGAUUAAGCGAGCUUUUGCCAAAUGUAAAGAAGGUUGCGCAGUGGUUUACGGUGAAGUGGAAGAACGGAAAGCGAAGGAAGUAGAAGAGAUUCUUUAUUCAAUCACUAAUUAAAAUCAAUGUUACAUAUCUCCUGCCCCGGGUUCGGAGAAGGGCGAAGGUAGGUAGAGCGCGCUCGCUUCAUCUUCGUGAGGCACGGUAGUCACCCUCCCCUCCCCCCCUACACAAACACGCUCUCGCACAGGAGACGGUGCGAGGUGGCCGCAAUAUAGCAAACUUAUGCAUCAUCCUAUCGGACGCAAGACGCAAUCCUCCAGUCCCACGGUGAAAGUUGUGAUAAACUAUGCCCAAAUUAACCAAUCGCACCGGAAAUGCUUGGGGCAUCAUCCUGUUGGGGACGGCGGUGUGGUGCUGGUGGGUCGAGCGGGGUUAAAUUAAUUUGCCUAAUGGAGUAGUAAUCAAGAGGCCAGACGGCGACGGAUAUAGGAUACAUCAAGUUCCCCCCCUCCCCCCGCACACUCGCCGGCAGGCAUCCAUCGAUCGACGGAUCGGAUCGGGAUCGGAUUUGCACUACUCUGCCCCGUCUCCUCUGUGGAAGGGGGCCAGGGGUCUACCGUGCUUUCUGCAGGGAAGAAAGUUCAUUUGACGCGCGUGCUUUUGCCUUGCCGCACUUUCUCCCUCUCUUUAACAAAACAAAAAAAAAACCCCCGAGGAAAAUCGAUUGUGAUGUAUCUAUUGCGAAGUGGUCAGCGAUGGCGAUUGCGAUUUUUCCACAUUCUCACGAAGCUGGGAAAUGGAGCUGAUGUGGAUAGAGCUGCUGGCCGCUUCGCACAACACACUGUUUCGUCCCUAGACGUUGCCUCUCCACCUGACUGAUGAUGAUGAUGAUGAUGAUGAUGGUUAAAAGUUAAUCUUACAUAUUUAUAGCAGCACUAUGCAUUCUCUUCCUCUCUUACCCCCCAUCCCCCCCCCCUCCUUACCCCUUUCCCCUUGUUCCAUAAACUCUGAUCUAAGCGGUAACCCCAGACCACCAUACCGAACGGGGUUCGAGGGAGAAUGAGAAGCGGUACAAGCUGUUCGCUGGUCCGCUUGUUCGGAAAGACGUUAGGAAAGGCAC